AUGGGCCGCUUGUUCUCCGCCGGUUCCGCCGUCAGAAGGAGAGCCCUCGCCGUCCUGGGCGUCACGCUGGCGGCGGCCUGUGCCCACGGCCUCGUCCCCUUCCUCCGGAGAGGCCAGGACCUGCUGUGGGGACGGAGCGGAGACUCUCCUGUGGUCAGCGUCGUGGAGGAGACCAGACGCAUGGUGGACCGCGCCAUCUACCACACCGUGAAGAGAGACCUCAGCCAAAGAGGGAUACCGUCUCCGUCACAGCUUCUGUCUUUCUCCAAACGCCCUGAGCCGACCAGCCGAGCCGUCUCCCGUGCGGCCGAGAUCAUGGAAGCUUCCGUGCAGGCCCUGAAGACGAGAGUCUCCGGGAAGCUCCGGGGAUCCUGGCCUCCCACCGAUGUCCUGCCGGAAGACGUGCUGAACACAGUCGCGAAUGUGUCCGGAUGCCUGCCCUACAUGCUGCCCCCCCAGUGCCCGGACACCUGCCUGGCCGACAAGUACCGGCUCAUCACGGGCGCCUGCAACAACAGAGAACACCCCCGAUGGGGGGCGUCCAACACGGCGCUGGCGAGAUGGCUGCCCCCGGCCUACGAAGACGGCCUCAGCGAGCCCCGGGGAUGGAACCCCCACUUCCUGUACAACGGCUUCCCGCUGCCCCCGGUCCGGGAGGUGACAAGACAAGUCAUUCAGGUCCCCAACGAGGCCGUCACUGAGGACGAGCAGUACUCCGACCUCCUGGCGGCGUGGGGACAAUACAUUGACCACGACAUUGCGUUCACCCCCCAGAGCACCAGCAAAGCUGCGUUUGGGGGAGGGGCUGACUGCCAGCUGACGUGUGAAAACCAGAACCCAUGUUUCCCCAUACAGCUGCCCAGCAACGCCUCGGGGAGCGCCGGUGGCUCCUGUUUGCCGUUCUACCGGUCCUCCGCCGCCUGUGGCACCGGGAUGCAGGGCGCCUUCUUCGGGAACCUGAGCUCGGCCAACCCGCGACAGCAGAUGAACGGGCUGACGUCUUUCCUGGACGCGUCCACGGUGUACGGCAGCUCCCCGGCCGUGGAGAAACAGCUGCGCAACUGGACGAGCCCCGAGGGGCUGCUCCGGGUCAACACGCGCCACCGGGACGCCGGCCGCGCCUACCUGCCCUUCGCGCGGCCCACCGCCUGCGCGCCUGAGCCCAGCCCCCGCGGGACGACCGCCGCGCCCUGCUUCCUGGCGGGGGACAGCCGGGCCAGCGAGGUGCCCGCUCUCGCGGCCCUGCACACGCUGUGGCUGCGCGAGCACAACCGGCUGGCCCCGGCGCUCAAGGCUCUGAACGCGCACUGGAGCGCCCACACGGCCUACCAGGAGGCGCGCAAGGUGGUGGGCGCCCUGCACCAGAUCAUCACCAUGCGGGACUAUGUCCCCAAAGUCCUGGGCCCCGAGGCCUUCCAGAAGCACGUGGGCCCUUAUGAGGGCUACGACCCUGCCGUGGACCCCACCGUGUCCAAUGUGUUUUCCACGGCUGCCUUCCGCUUUGGCCACGCCACCGUGCACCCCCUGGUGAGGCGGCUGGACGCCGACUUCCAGGAGCCCCCGGGCCUCCCCCCGCUGCGGCUGCAGGACGCCUUCUUCAGUCCCUGGAGGCUCCUCAAGGAAGGGGGUCUGGACCCCCUGGUGAGGGGCCUCCUGGCGAGACCAGCCAAGCGGCAGGUGCCGGAACAGCUGAUGAACGAGGAGCUGACGGAGAGGCUGUUCGUGCUGGGCAGCUCGGGCGGGCUGGACCUGGCGUCCAUCAACCUGCAGCGGGGCCGGGACCACGGCCUGCCAGGCUACAACGCGUGGAGGGAGUUCUGCGGCCUGCCCAGACUGCAGACACGGGCCGACCUGCGUGCCGUCUUCGCCAACGCCAGCAUCGCGGGCCGGAUAAUGGACCUGUACGGGCACCCCGACAACAUCGACGUCUGGCUGGGCGGCCUGGCCGAGACCUUCCUGCCCCAGGCGCGCACGGGCCCGCUGUUCGCGUGCCUCAUCGGGAGACAGAUGAAGGCCCUGAGGGACGGAGACCGGUUCUGGUGGGAGAGACGCGGGGUGUUCACCGAGGCCCAGCGGCGCGCGCUGGCCAGACAUUCCCUGUCCCGGGUCCUCUGUGACAACACGGGCCUCCCCCGCGUGCCUGUGGACGCCUUCCGAACCGGGAGAUUCCCGCAGGACUUUGAGGCGUGCGAGAACAUUCCGGGGCUGAACCUGGACGUGUGGAGGGAGCCCCCUCCUCAAGGUGACGCGUGUGGCCUCCCCCACGGCGUGGACAACGGGGACGUCGCGCUCUGUGGCGAGACCGGCCGGCGCGUGCUCGUGUUCUCCUGCCGCCACGGGUUCCAGCUGCAGGGCCGGGAGCAGGUGGCCUGUGCCCCCCGCGGCCUGCUCCGGCCGCCCGUGUGCCGAGACGUCAACGAGUGUGAAGACGCGGCGGCCCCUCCCUGCCACCCAUCGGCCCGGUGCAGGAACACCAAGGGUGGCUUCCGCUGUGAGUGCACAGACCCCUACGUGCCGGCGGAGGACGGGACAAUGUGCGUCGACUCUGGGAGGCUCCCGAAGGCGUCCUGGGUCUCCAUCGCCUUGGGCACCCUGCUGGUCGGCGGCCUGGCGGGUCUCACCUGGACGGUGGUUUGCAGGUGGGCACACGCCGGCCGGAAAGCCUCGCUGUGCAUCGCAGACUCGGGUGGAAGGGGAACCUGCCAGCCGGGUCUCGGCACGCACUGGGACACGCACGCGUCACAGCCUGCUGCCGCCACUCGGGGCGCAGGCCAGCCCCUGCGGGCAGUGACCCCUCCGGGCAGUCUUCCUCGCGGGCAGCGGUGGGAGGAGGUUGGCUCCUCAGAUCUCUGUUGCCCCAAGGGGCCUGCCAGGCUGCGCUCCGGACACCUGGCACACCCCCAGCGGCAUCUGGGCCAGGACGCGGGCAGUGGUUGCCAGUCCCUGCGCUGUCUGCUCUGGGAGCUGGUCUUCCGUGCCGAGGUGCCCGUGUGCUUCGUGUCGCCGCAUAAGCUCCUGAUGAACAACAGGGAGCCAGAAGGGACAGUCGCGGAUGCCCUGAACUCGUCUCUCUAUGACAGCCACUGGGGCUUGGGCAGGAGCCUGCGCACCUGGCCCUUCUGGACGCACCUGCCCCUGGCUGAGCCAGAGACCGGCCCGGGUCUCUGGAAGGUGCAGAACUCGGUGCAGCAGCAGAUCCAACUCGGGCCAGACCUUGCAGGCGGUGACGGGCAGACAGGCAGCAAGGUCCGGACCGAGAACAGCCAGGACAGGCUUCAGGAGGACACCCCGACGGGCCACUCCCAGACACGAACCUCGGCCGUGUGGGCUCCGUGCAGGAGCCCAGGUGAAGCAGCGCCUCAGGGACCGCACGUGUCCAGCCGCGACAGACACAGCAACCCCCGACCAGGGGUCGGCCAGCUGCGCCCCAAAGCCGGGUCCGCGUCCUGUGUCGGCUGCGGGGACGACACGUGCCUCAGCCCGGAGGUGUGCGGGGCGGGCGUCCAUCUGCGGGACCCCGAGGCAGCUCCGCAGGACACCGCAGACCCCGGGGUGCCCGUCCUGGACGAGAGGCGCCCGCGGCUCCCGGCCCCAGGCCCUUAG